AUGAGCUCCCCCGACCCCCAUCCCGCUAGUGGCGACCGUCCGGCGUCGAGAGAUUCACCCGCUAUAUGGCAUCCGGCCAGAGAAUGGCUCGAAGAGGAUGAGGAAGAUGACAUGGACUAUGAACCCGAGACUGAAAUUUCAGAACAUUCAGAGGACAUACCCCAUCCGGAUGAGGAUAAUUUCAUCGACGAGGACGACGAGGACGGCUUCUACGGCGUUCAUCUAAAUUAUCUCGACCCUGAAUUACAUCUAGGUAAUAUACAUAUUGAAUUCUCCAUGGACGAAGGAAAUUUGGAACAGUCUGGAGAAGCAGCGGGUCAGGCCGGUGGUCGGCACUCCCGAGCAGUUUCCGCCACCCGGUUGUUGAACUUACUGGCAUCAAACGGCCUGCGACAUAUUCUCCAUUACAGUCGGGCUGGUGGCCAAAUGGACAACGAUGAUGAAGAUGAAGAUGAGGAGCUUGCUGGCUUUUUUGGAUUUAGGAGACGCACACGGCGGGGCGGAGGUGAUCCGGCACCUAAAGUACCCAGCGAAGAAGGGACUAAGCUAAUGGCUUCUGGCGACUUUGGAAGCAAUUCAUAUUAUACGGAUGAGUUGAAAAAGAGGAGGAAAAGUCUUGCGACGAGGACGAUGUGGCGGGAACUAGGCAUUGAUCUGUCUGGUCCGAGGCAGGAGGUGCAGUCGAUAACUCAAGGUCUUAUACCUGGUUCAGUUGCCGACAAGAUCAUUCAUUUCGACUCAAGGUGCUACUCGGGGCAGUUUUCCGAUGAUGGUAACUUUUUCUUCUCCUGCUCGCAGGACUUCAGGGUGAGGAUGUAUGAUACGUCUAACCCGUAUGAAUGGAAGUAUUACAAAACCGUGAACUACCCUUUUGGCCAGUGGACUAUCACCGAUGCCACCCUGAGUCCAGACAACAGAUUUUUAGCGUAUACCUCCAUACGGAACCUUGUUUGCCUUGCUCCUACAGAUCCAUUUGAUACCUCUGAGCCGUCGGUGUUAGAUCUUUCAUCCUCUAAUGGAAGACAAUUUGGUAUCUGGUCGGUUCGGUUUUCAGGUGACGGCCGUGAAAUAGUAGCAGGCACGUCAGAUAACUCGGUUAUUGUCUACGACCUCGAAACCCGACAGUCAGUCCUACGCCUACGCAACCACGAGGAUGAUGUGAAUGCUGUCUGUUUUGGUGACAAGUCUUCCCCUCACAUUCUCUACUCCGGGUCCGAUGAUAGCACGCUACGAGUGUGGGACAGGCGCUCAAUGGGUGACGGGCGUGAAGCAGGCGUGUUCAUCGGACAUACGGAAGGACUGACUUACGUCGAUAGCAAAGGUGAUGGUCGAUAUGUGCUUUCCAAUGGCAAGGACCAGAACAUGAAGCUCUGGGAUCUAAGGAAGAUGAUGACCACAGCGAGGUUCGAUACGAUUGAUGCCCAGGAUUACACCAGCGGCUUCGAUUACAGGUUCGAGCCAUACCCCGCAAACUACUACGAGGCGCACCCACACGAUUGCUCCGUGGUCACAUUCCGAGGCCAUCGGGUCCUCAAAACUUUGAUACGAUGCCAUUUCUCGCCCCCAGACAGCACGAACUCUAGGUACGUGUAUACUGGAAGUGAAGACGGCAAAGUUUAUGUGUACAACUUGGAUGCAACCCUUGCCGGAACAAUCGACGUCGGUCAGGCAACGGUGGACACUCGACCGCAAGACCCCGACAUAACCAAUAGUGCAUAUGACUUCAGCAGCCGCGCUGGCGAUUUGGCCUGGCAAACAUGUGUCCGAGACGCAAGCUGGCAUCCCAACGCCCCUGUAGUAGCCGCGACGUCAUGGAAUGGCUGGGGCCUUUCAACCGGCACCUGCACGGUACAUUCUUGGAAUGGCGGCGCCGCCGAGGACGAGGGGACUCCACCGGUCUCUAAGAAUUACGAUUGCCGGCUGAAACCCGUGCUCGAAUAUGACCAGUUCAAGGAAACAAUCCAUCACCUCCGCAGUCGACCCGUAUAUCGGCGGAGGCUAGAAGAUGACGAGUACGCGGGUGAAAUAUGGUGA